GAAAAACCAGUGGCCCUAGAAUAGAGGGCUUAAACCCUAUUUUGUGUAUUUACAGAGAAACCCAAAACCCCUGGCUCUGACCUUGAACGAACUCCCGACUAGCCAUGGCCGCCGAUUCAAAAGCUUCCACCACCAGAAAGAGAAAGGCUAUACUCCGCCGCAAACAUGAAGAUGAAGUUGAAGAUCAACACUAUCUCAAAAGACAUCAAAUUAACUUCUUAGAAGAAACUGAAGAAGCGGAAUCCGUACAGCCCCCGAUUCCAUGGAAUAACUUGCAGUUGAUUCUAUCAAUCCAGAACAAAUCCAUCGACAUUCAAAAGAAGGUGGAACUUGCUUUCGAUUUUGUGGGUUCGAAAAUGAAAGGAAAUGAUGAUGGGAAGGAUUGUGAGACUGUGAAGAUUUCACGUGUUGUAAUAUUUCUUAAUGAUUGGGUUCAGUCUUUGUUGAUUCCUUCAGGGAAGAGAAUUAAGAAUGAUGAAGAAAAGGAGAAGCCUCAUGGUCAAGUUGAGACAUGUUUGGACUUUAGAUGUUGGAAAGUUUUUAAAUUCUGCUUGGAGCAAUCAUUAAAAUUGCAUAUUCCUUUGAAUUUUUCGAGAAACCUUUUACGGUCGUUUUCUUUCUUUGCAAAUGAUACAUUGUCUUUAAUCAACAAUGUAUCUUCAUCUUUGAUAGGAUCAUAUUUUGUUGGUGAAGGGUUUGAGUUGCAUAAAGAUGUGCUUGAUUGUGUCUUGUUAUUGUUCUCAAGUCAUGGUGGUUUGUCAAAUGAAAAUUUAGAACUGUGGCUUUCGACUGUUGUUACAGUGCUUGAGCUUGUUCACAAGAUUUUCGCUGAGAAUCUGGUUACUGGAGAUGCGGGUGUUUAUGUAUUGCGGUUCUCGUGCUUGAUAUUUGAACCGUUUGCCAAGUUUUUGAGGGCACACCCUUGUAAAAAAAAUGCCUUUUCUGAUUUUAUUGACAAACUUCUUGAACCUCUAUUGCAUCUUCUCGGUAUCUUGCAUAGUGAAAUGGAUGAAUGUUGUCUUGAUUGGAAAAGAAAUUUGUUGAAGUUAGUUGAAGAUAUUUUGUCUCAUGGGUUGUUUCAUCCUGUGCAUAUUGACGGGUUUUUGUGCUUACGUGGUUCAGAAAAGUAUGCUGCAGACCAUAGUGAGGCUAAAACUGACACUAAAACAGUCAUUAUGAGUUACCAUAGACACUUGUUUACUAAAUUGGAAGAGGUUAUGGCUACAAAGAAGGAAUUGGCAACAAGUAGCAUAGGAAGGUUAUUUCGCCUGCUUGUUGAUCGAAUUAAAAAUCCUAAAGGAGCUUUAGUGAUCUCUGAAAAUACCACGAUGGCAGAGAAAACCGAGUGUUCAACACAACUAGAAGGUAAUAUGUUGGGUGAUACGUCUACAGCAUUUUCUCAAAGUAGCACAGUUUUAGAACAGAGUAACUGCUCAACUUUUAUAACCGCAGAAAAACGAAAGUCCCUUCUUAACUUUUUUGUAUGUGUUAUGGAACCUCUUUUGCUUGAGAUUAAUGGCCACCAUCAAUCAAAACAAGGAGGGGAAUCUGUGUUUUCGGAUGCCCUUUGUACACUUAAAUCUAUAAAUAGUUUACUUGCUAGCUUUAUGCACGAAAAGGUGUACUUGAGAACAGAGGAUGCUUCAGAGGGAGCUUGCCUUAAUUUCUUGAAGAAUGUUUAUGAUACAGUAACAUUACUGUCAUCUAAUUUAAUCAAAUCUUAUAAGUUUGAUGUUGAUAACAGAAAGGAGGGGGAAAUGCUGGCUUUAUUAGCCGAGGAGGUACUUGUUGCUGUUGGUUAUAUUUUGGAAAUUGAGUAUAAUGUUAUGGGGGAUGAUCUGGUAGGCUUAUGGCUUAUGAUGUUUUCAUACUUGGUACUUGGGUUUUCUUUGACCAAUGUGGCAGAUCAGUUUCCAUUAUUUAAUAAGACAUCACACCUUGGGUGCCAAUUGAUUAAUCUCUAUAGUCAACUUCGUCAGGUGAAUAAUGCUAUUUUCACAAUGUCUAAAGCAAUAAGGCUUUUAGCUUUACAUGAUGGGGAUGAAGAAGUGAAUUAUACUAGAUUCUUGACCCCUCAACAUAAUGAAGGUCACGCAAAGUCAGUUGGAAUGUUAUUAUGCUCGCAUGAGUUUAAAUAUGCCAUUCAUAGAGCUCUUAAAACCAUGCCAGAAGGACAGGCUAGUGCGUGUCUUCAACAUUUGAUUAAAGAUAUAUCAGAAUCUUUGAAAUGGAUAAAGACUGAUGAUUUGGUUGUUCGUAAAAAGAAAUCUGUCAAACCAGAUUCUCAAAAUAGCUUUGAAUUGCGAGCUGAACUUUUGGGUAGAGGAUUGUCUGAAGUGUAUGCAUUAGUGCUAAACUCACUGCCUGUCACAACGGGUAAUAGCAAGCUAGUUGGAGCGUCUGUAAAGGACUUGAUAACUGUAUUGUGUCCGUACAUGAGUAAUCUAGUUGGACUACAGCCAGAUGCUGCCAACAAGUUCCUCUCUUCUGUCACGGGAAUAUCUGUUGACUUUGACCUGGCUGGAAACAACGCUGAUUUGCAGAGUAUUAAAUAUUCAACUCAUUGGAUCUUUGUAUUCUUCUUUCAGUUGUUCAUGUCCUGUAGAAUUUUAUAUAGGCAAGCUGCCAGCUUUAUGCCGCCAGAUUCCUCGAGAAAGAUGUCAGCAGCAAUGGGGGAUUCAUUUAUGGCACUCUCUGGUGGAGAUUGGAUGAAUAGGACUGACUGGAUGAGUGAUGUGUAUUUUUCUUGCUUUCUACAACCUUCAGCUCCUCUUCUUACUGUCAUUCAAGCUAUUUCGAACAUCUUUGUGCCUGGUGCUGAAGAUUAUAGUCCUCUGAUUUAUGUAAUGCAUGCUAUGGCUCUUCAAAGGCUUGUUGAUUUGAACAGGCAGAUAAAAGCUCAUGAGUAUCUGUUGCAAAAUAAUAAUAAUUUGGUUCAGAUUGGGUUGCUUGAUGAUGGUGACUUGUCACGUUAUAAAAAAAGAAACAAAAAGCUAGAAAAGUGCAUCUCUACUCUGAUGCAAGAGGCAGAAGGCCUUACUGGUUUCAUGAUGGAGCAUCUAUCAUUAGUAUCUAACUCUCAACAACCAAGUUUCGCUUCAGAUGAUACGACUUGUAAGGAAAAAUCUGCCCGCGAAAGUGGUGAAUGGGAUUUUAGUGUUACUUCUGUGAACAAGAAUUCAUUGCCUACUGCAGUUUGGUGGAUUCUGUGCCAAAAUAUUGAUCUUUGGUGUACUUAUGCUACUAAAAAGAAAUUGAAGAUGUACCUUACUGUUCUGAUCCAAACUUCCAUUUUGUGUGGGAGAAACAGCUUUGGGCGGGUUAGAGAGCACCGCAGCGAUAAAAACAACCAGCUGAAUAGGGUGACCGUGUGGCAAAUCUCACUAGAACUCUUCAAUAACUCCAUCCUAUAUGAACAACGAUUUGUUCGCAGACAUUUGGCAUCAAGGUUUUGCCAUGCACUGGAGAAAUUUGCAUUACCAUCUAAUUGUAUUUCAUCCGGGAAUGUUGAUUUUAUGUCACCUCCUAAUUGGUCUGAUGUCUUAAGCGACCUAGAGAAGUCAUCGGCAAUUGUUCUGGGAAACAAGCAUGUCCCAUACUGUCAGGACUCAGCCAAAAAACCAUACACUCGUUCUUCUGCCAAGCUUUGUUCAGGAAACGGGAAUGACCUGAGUACCUUUCCAUUGCUCAGUACGGAAUUUGCAGUUUCUCAAAGUUUGCUCAAUCUCAUAGGCUGGAUUCCAAAAGAAUAUUUCAAUUCAAAAUCAUUUUCAAUUUUGAUGACAUCUAUUCUCAAUCUUGAAAGGCUUGUUAUUGGCACCUUAUUAGAUCGUGAGGGCUCUUCAAACUCACAAAAUGGUUAUGAGCUUUUCCGAUUGUUCUUGUGUUGCCGGAAGGUCUUGAAAAGUAUUGUUAUGGCUUCUUGUGAGGGGAAGACAGAAUCAAACCAAACGUCACUUUGUCUCAUGUACUCUGGGAAGUCGCUUCCUGUUUUAUGGCUUUUCAAGUCAUUAUAUGUUGUUGUUGGUAUUCAGGAGUCACUUUCCAAAAAGAAUGAUUCUCUUCAAGUUGAUGAUAUGAUAUUUUCAUUAUUGGAUCACACAUUAUAUGUUUUUUUGACAUUGAACAAAUAUCAUUUCAACAAAACAAUUAAAAAUGCUCAGAACUCUUGUGAAGAGCAACAAAAUGCCGGAGUUGACUGUGAGCAGAGUGAUUUAGUAGAACCCGAUCAACCCUUAACCUCUGAUUAUACUCAAGCCUGGAAAAGUGUGUUCUGUGUCGCUAAAAGCUUCAGAGAGCAGAUGCAGGAUGGACUUACCUCCUUGAAGUCUCUCAUUUCCGAUCAAAAAGGGGCUUUUAAUGCCGAAGUUGUGGAUAUUAGUAGGUACUCUACGAUCAUGACUUGCUUUAGUGGGUUUUUAUGGGGCUUGGCAUCGAUUAUGAAUCAAACUGAUGUGAGAAGUGCCUAUCUUAAAGAGAUAUUAUCAGGGAGAGACAAUGGUGAAUCUGAAAUUAACCUUUGUAUAACUGUUUUUGUGGAAUUCUCUAGUCUACUGGUAGGCAUGUUGGUUAUAAAUGAUGCUCAGUAUUUUGAAAAAGCGAACAACAAUUCCGAUCUAUUGGGUGAAAAGGAGCUUUUAGCUAAAACUAAUGUUGGGAAGAAUGAUAUUUCUUGCGAUAAGCAAUGCGAAAGUUCUGGUGAUGUAAUGACAUGCUUGGAAUCACAAGACAUUGAUGCUAACUCUGGAAUUGGCAGUGUACGCAAGAAGAAGAAGUUGCGGUCAAAAGCUUUAAACUUUACUGCUAGUUUUCUGACUGAGGUCGAUUCACUUGAUCGUCUACCUCUAAACAAGUCUUUCCUUAGGAGCAUGGUAACAGGUGAUUGUACUGAAGCAGCAUAUCUACUCAGGCAGUUGUUGAUUGCCUCUUCAGCUAUUUUGAGGCUCAAUUUGCACAUCGAUUGUGCUCCCUUGUCUGCAAGCUUGAUGAAAAUUCUUACUGGCAUUUCACAGUUCUUGCUAUCAGAAUUAGUAGACACAAUUCAUGUGCCACGACCCUUAUCUUUCGUUUGGCUAGAUGGUACUGUGAAGUACAUAGAGGAAAUAGGAAAUCAUUUUCCUAUGACUGAUCCCACUUUGUCAAGAAGUCUUUAUGUCAAGAUGGUAGAGCUGCAGUUAAGGGCCAUAGGAAAGUGCAUAACUUACCAAGGGAAAAGAGCUACCCUUGCAUCUCACGAAACAGAGUCGAACACCAAAUUACUUUAUGAUUAUUCAAGACUUUCCGAAGCUUCUCUUCCUCGCAAGCCAUGUGGUUUCGAUGAAUUUAAAUCAAGAUUGCGAUCGUCAUUUACGGUGUUCAUACAGAAGCCAUCAGAGUUGCACCUGCUAUCUGCAAUACAAGCUAUCGAGAGAGCCUUAGUUGGUGUGCAGGAAAGAUCCACAAUGAUUUAUGACAUACAGACUGGAAGUGCAAAUGGCGGAAAAGUUUCCUCAAUUGUUGCUGCUGGCGUCGAUUGCUUGGAUUUAGUUCUCGAGUUUGUUUCAGGACGCAAGCGCCUAAAUCUUGUUAAAAGACAUAUUCAGAGCUUACUUGCUAGUGUGUUCAACAUAAUUCUACAUUUGCAAAGUCCUUUAAUAUUCUCUGAGAGAUUGAUAGGUGAUACUAAUCCAGAUCCAGGAGCAGUUAUUCUUAUGUGUGUUGAGGUACUGAUAAGAAUUUCAGGCAAACACGCUCUGUUUCAAAUGGAGGCUUGGCAUUUAGCACAAUCUUUGCGGAUACCCGGGGCACUUUUUCAGAAUUUUCAUCAACUUAAACGUUCUAAAUCUUCUGUUCGGAACACACCUUCCAAUAAUUCAGAUAACCAUAUUUCUGAUCCAGUAGGGAGUAUGCAACUCUGCAAUGUAGAUAGGCGAUUUUCAAUUGACCUAUUUUCUGCAUGUUGCCGGUUACUAUAUAAUGUCCUAAAGCAUCACAAAAGUGAAUGCAAGCGAUCCAUUGCUGUGCUGGAAGCCUCUAUGUGUGUUCUUCUCGAGUGUUUGGAGACGGUGGAUUCUAAGUCAUUGAUCAGAAAUGGUUAUUUCUCAUGGGAAGUGGAAGAGGGAGUAAAAUGUGCAUACAGUCUCCGAAGGAUUUAUGAAGAGAUUCGACAUCAGAAAGAUGUCAUGGGACAACAUUGUUCUCAGUUCUUGUCUAAUUAUAUAUGGAUUUAUUCAGGCAAUGGCCCCCUUAAAACUGGCAUCAAGAGGGAAAUCGAUGAUGCGCUAAGACCGGGUGUGUAUGCGUUGAUAGAUGCUUGCUCGGCAGAGGAUCUUCAAUAUCUUCAUACUGUAUUUGGAGAGGGUCCUUGUAGAAACACAUUGGCAACUCUACAACAUGAUUACAAACUCAAUUUUCAGUAUGGAGGGAAAGUCUAAGCCAUAUGAAUGUGUACAUAAAAAUUUUGCCAUGAUAAUAUUAAAUUGUAAUUUUGUUUUAUAUAUACUAUUUUCUUUCCUUUCAUCUCACCAAACAACAUUAGAGAAAUUCAUUUUCUUUUCUAUCA